AUGAAGGCUUCCAUCCUCUCCAUCGUCGCCGCCGUCGGUCUUGCCUCUGCCCAGUACGCCUACGUCGAGAACCACUGUGACCAUACCGUCUACGUCGAGUCCUUCCCCUAUGACAACCACGCCCCUGGUGUGCUCUACACCGUCAAGCCCGGAGAGUACUUCAAGGAGGCUUUCCGCUACUACGGAACGACCGUCAAGAUCUCCAAGUCGCGCAACUUUGACAACGUCCUCCAGUACGGCUACUCCUUCGGCAAGAACCCUGAUCUGGCCUACUACGAGUUCAGCAACGUCAACGGCAACCCCUGGGCUGACAAGCACAACACUCUGAGCGCUGGUUCCGGCUGUGAUUCCUUUGAUUGCAAGCCCAACGAUGCGAGCUGCUACAGCAAGAACGGCGCCAGGGUGCUUCACUGCCCCGAGCCGCUCAACAUCACCGCUAAGAUCUGCGUCUGA